GAACACCAUCUCGACGCACACACCAGCCUCUCGCCCAGGUACCCGCAUCCACGACCCUGUCCGCACACAGUCUGCUGCUGGCACGUGUAUUCGCUUGGCAGGCAAACGCAGUGUUUACGCGACAUCACCGCCUGGAGCUCGCCUCUCGGACCGCCUCCGCCCUCCGCCACCCCUUCACAUCACCACGCCGUCACCAUGAGCAGCGAUCCGGAGCGCGAGCACGCCCUCGAGGGCUACAAGGGCAAGCUGCUGGAGUCGCGAGAGUGGGAGGCAAAGCUCAAGAACCUGCGGUUGGAGAUCAAGGGCCUGCAGCACGACUUCGACGUUUCAGAGGACAACAUCAAGGCGCUCCAGAGCGUGGGCCAGAUAAUAGGAGAGGUCCUCAAGCAGCUGGACGAGGAGAGAUUCAUUGUCAAGGCAUCGUCAGGGCCCCGCUACGUCGUGGGAUGUCGGUCCAAGGUCGACAAGGUCAAGCUGAAGCAGGGAACACGAGUCGCCCUCGACAUGACCACGCUCACCAUCAUGCGAAUGCUGCCCCGCGAAGUGGACCCCCUCGUCUACAACAUGUCCCUGGAGGACCCCGGCCAGGUCAGCUUCGGCGGUAUCGGUGGUCUGAACGAGCAGAUUCGCGAACUGCGAGAGGUCAUCGAGUUGCCGCUAAAGAACCCCGAGCUGUUCCUGAGAGUGGGCAUCAAGCCGCCAAAGGGCGUCCUGCUCUAUGGGCCGCCUGGCACCGGAAAGACGCUGUUGGCGCGAGCUGUGGCGAGCAGCUUGGAGACAAACUUCCUCAAGGUCGUCUCGUCAGCCAUCGUCGACAAGUACAUCGGAGAGUCGGCGCGUCUCAUCCGUGAGAUGUUCGGCUACGCAAAGGAGCACGAGCCCUGCAUCAUCUUCAUGGACGAGAUUGACGCUAUCGGUGGACGACGUUUCUCGGAAGGCACAUCGGCAGAUCGCGAGAUCCAGCGUACACUGAUGGAGCUGCUGAACCAGCUGGACGGUUUCGACUACCUCGGACAGACCAAGAUCAUCAUGGCAACAAACCGGCCAGACACACUCGACCCUGCCCUGCUGCGUGCCGGGCGUCUCGACCGCAAGAUCGAGAUCUCGCUGCCCAACGAGGUCGGCCGUCUCGAGAUCCUGAAGAUCCACUCGGCUAGCGUGCAAACAGACGGCGAGAUCGACUUCGAAAGCAUUGUCAAGAUGAGCGACGGCUUCAACGGUGCCGAUCUGCGAAACGUUGUCACAGAAGCCGGUCUCUUCGCCAUCAAGGACUACCGAGACUCAAUCAACCAGGACGACUUCAACAAGGCCGUGCGCAAGAUGGCAGAGUCGAAGAAGCUGGAGGGCAAGCUGGACUACCAGAAGUUGUAGACGAAGGGAGCGUAUAAGAGCCUAUUGCUGGCUUCGCAUGAUAGCAUGAGCAUGAGCAUCAGCAUGAUCUUCAUGUACGAUAAUACGACACGUUGGUAGCAGAUCAAUGAACACUCUGCAUCCACACACAUUCCACACACAUUCCAC